AUGACAGCAGGAUCAGUGUCGGCGCCGCUCAUCAUCCCGAUCAUCGACCUGCAGAGACACAGAACCAAGAACCACAUCGACACCAGCACACCUGUCUCCCUCCACUCAGAAACUCCUGGCGUGCAGAUCUUCUUCUCUCUGGAUGGGUCGAGGCCAGUGGUGGUGGUGGCGCAGCGCGGCUCAUCAGGCAGCAGCAGGAAGUACAGCAAGCCGAUCCUGCUGCCGGCUGGACGAGUCGCUGUCAGAGCACUCGCUGUCAGCAGUGAUGGCAGACAGAGCUCUGUGGUGACGAAGGUAUUUUCAGUUGAUCUUGUGGAUUCAGAGGACAGGAAGUGGAGCAAGGAGGACUUCCUGCGCAGCGACCAGCAGCCUCAGUUUGAACCGUCUGAGAACUCUUCACUCCUACCUGCAGAGCCAACGAUUGUGGGUAGUGCCUCUCCUCCACCAGCUCCUCGUCUCCUGGCGGGUCGACUUGGCGGCGCAGCAUGCAGACGGCGUCAGGGGGGCUCAGGUGUGUCGGAGCAGCUGAGCAGCACGCUGACGUCCCAAUGUGUCCACCGAGAGAUGGACAUCCUGCGGUGUCCUCAAUGUCUGAGUGUCCGUCCCUCAGACCCGUCCUCUGGCUUCUGUCCUGAGUGUGGAGCUGCUCUCCCGGUGUUACCUGAGCAGAGACCGCCGCCUGCUGAGGGAGGACAGGUGCUCUGCUGUGUGAUCUGUCACUCUCUGGUUCCUGUGAACACUCACACCUGUUUAAUCUGUGAAGCCUCAAUCCAACCACAGAGCAGCCUACAGGAGCGUGUGGUGUGUGUGUGCUGUGGAGGAGUGAACCCAGCUCACGUCUGCAGCUGUUUGAUCUGUGAGAGUCGUCUGCAGGGGAACAGCGCCCCCUCUGUCCUCCCAGCAGGCAGCAGGACGUUGACGUGCUCCAGAUGUAAACGUUUGAACCGCGGAGACGCCCGGUUCUGUGACUGGUGCGGCUCCAAGCCGAGACAGGCAGCCAGCUGUGUGGUUUGUUGGCGCUGUGGCGCCAACGGAAACCUGUACGGCUCCUACUGCGCGGCCUGUGGUGCCUUGCUGGAGGCUCCGCCCCCACCCACAUCCUGCAGUGACAUCACAGGACCUACCGCCACCAACCAGGUGUGCCGCUCCGCUGACAUCACUGCCACCUGGCAGGCCAUGCCCUCCUCUGGCUCUGCCCCUCGCACAAAGUUAGCCACGCCCACAGCCGAGCAGGGCACGCAGACUGUUGGACUCUAUUACCCAUCAGCCACUGGGCUGCAGAGGAAAUACCAACAGAGUGCGACCAGAGACCGCCAACCGCUGCUGACUGCCAUCAGCCCGGGAAGAGGUUUCUGGAGGUUGCAGCUGGAUCAUGUUUGUGCUCACCUGAGGAGUUACGCUCAGAACAACGCCUCCUUCAGGGCUCUGCUGGGAGAGCCUCGCCUGGGCCGGAUGGUUUCUGCUGUGAUUCAGGAAGAUCGUUAUGAAGUCAGCGUGACCGUCAGCUUUGUGUCGGCCGGUCGGGAGCAGCAGGGCGGCCCAGCAGGGGGCGCAACCGCGGCCAUGGGGGGCGCCACAGCAGCCACAGGGGCCACAGGGGCCACGGGGGCAGUCGAGACUCUGAGCAGCGUGACGGAGCGAUCUGAGGACUGCAGCAGAAAUGAUCGCUCCAACAACAAACGGCUCAAACAGAAGCCAACGCCCAAACCUCCGUUGGCUGCCUGGCUGCAGGUGUGGGAGGUGCGGCUUCUGGCAGAGCUGGGUCCUGGUCCGGGUCGAGGUCAGGCGGGCGUUGUCCAGCAGUUCUUGGAUCAGGGGGUGGACCCGUCCUGCUGCGACGCCGACGGACGCCAUGCUCUAGCGGUGGCCGCGGUCAACGGUCACCAUGACGUACUUCCUGUUUUAGUGCAGCGAGGAGCCGACGUGGAUCAGCAGUCCGGACCGUUGAGAAACUCGGCUCUGCAUGAAGUCGCAGCGCUCGGAGCUGAAGGUCUGCAGAGCGCCCAGGUGCUGCUCAGCCUGCAGGCCAGCGUGCAGCGGAGGAACGCCAGUGGGCGGACGCCAUACGACGUGGCGGUGACCUCCGGCUGCAACGACAUGGUGACUCUGCUGGCGGCUCGGGCCGGACUCCACCUGCUGGGAAAACUGGGAAAACCCAAAGUCAACCUGGACGUUUACUGACUGUCAGGACAAACAAACAGCCUGACACUCUAUGGACCUGAAUGACCAUGUAGGAAUGUUCAGUACAUUUACUCUGUCCUGUACUUUAUUACUUCACUUGAGUUUUUCCAUCCGAUCUGAUCCAUGAGACAGUAAACUAACUUUAAUAAGCAUUAAGUCGAUGUUAUAGUAUAAUGUGUUAGAUUUGUUGGACGUGUUGAUUUACUGGACAGUUUUUGUUUCAGAAACUUGAAUAAAAAGUUGUUUAAAUGUUGAAAA